AUGCCUUUCAGAUUCCCGGUGCAGUUCGAGAUCCCCAAGCACUGCUACAUCAAUGCCCGUGUGCUCAGAGACCAGUUCAAGAGAUUACAGUAUGCUGAACAUGAGGUUACCAGAAAGGCUUUGAAGUACAUCGCCAGAAACACAGAAUUACCACCAAGAGCCAGAUUGGAAGCACAAUUGCAGUUGACAGCCAUGCCUAAGUACACCUCCUACAACCAGAUCAGAGACAGAUGUGUGGCUACCGGUAACUCGAAGUCGCUUAUCCGUGACUUCAAACUCAACAGAACUGCUUUCAGAGACAGAGCCAGAGCUGGAUUGAUUCCAGGGGUUAAGGUUGCUUCGUGGUAG